ACGCGCCAAAUUCAAAAUGAUAUUGCCAUUGCGACCGACGACGGUAAAAAAACAUUAAUUGAACAAUAGAUUGAUCAAUCAAAUUAUAGUAUGAUUAAUAUUGUUAUUGUAAGAAUGGUAGUCAGAGUGGGUAUAAAUGGAUUUGGCCGUAUUGGCAGAGUAAUUUUUAGAACUUGUUUCCAAAAUAAAGAUUUAGAGGUAUCAGCUAUAAACGAUCCCGCAGUCGACAUCGAAUACAUUUGCUAUCUAAUUAAGUUUGAUUCAACACAUGGAAAAUUCAAAAGCGAUGUUUCGUUCUCAGAUAAUGAAAUUUGUAUAGACGAUAAGAAAAUUAAGGUGUUUAGCGAAAAACUCCCUUCGAGCAUACCGUGGCAGUCCGCUGACGUGCACUAUGUGGUGGAAGCUUCUGGAAUGUUCACUAACCUCGAAAAGGCAUUGGGUCACCUGGCGAAUAAGAGUGUCAAAAGGGUAAUAGUUACAGCACCCACGGUUGACGUUCCCAUGCUGAUAUUGGGAGUGAAUGAGGAGCAAAUCAAUGCAGAUCAAAAAGUGGUAUCCUGUGCAUCUAGCACGUUGUACUGUCUGGCGCCAAUUGUCAAGAUCCUGGAGGACAAGUACGGAGUGGCAGAGGGGUUCAUUACCAGCAUACACGCUAUGACGCCAUCUUUGAAACCCUUGGACGGGUUGUGUUUGAAGGGAAAGCAUUGGCGCGACCAUAGAAGCAUCCACCAGAACAUAAUCCCCGCGGCCACGGGCGCUUGCAGGGCCCUCGGCAAGAUCAUACCAACAGUGAAGGACAAACUCACAGGGUUGGCGUUUAGAGUUCCCAUCGUCAAUGUUUCCGUACUCGACAUCACUGUGCGGUUGACUAAAGAUACAACGAUACAAGAUAUUAUCAAGUGCAUCGAAACAGAAAGUAAAUCAACCAUGACAAAUAUUAUAAAAAUAUCUAAAGACCAAGAGGUGUCGUCGGACUUUUUGAGCGACAAAAACUCUUGUAUCUUCGAUGCUAAUUCAAGUUUACAAUUGAAUCCUAAGUUCUUUAAACUGAUUUGCUGGUACGAGAACGAAUACUCUUACGCAUGUCGGGUAGUUGAUUCUAUAAAAUAUUUUGAGGAAAAUCAUUGCAAGUUAGCGUUGACGACCAAAAUUCCUUUUGAUCGCAUUGUUUGUUCAAAUCAGACGAUUCAAAGAAAAGUUGUUCCAGAUUUCAGUAAAGAAUAUAUCGUUUCUAAUUGUUACAUGCCAAGUAAUCCAAAAAUAUUAUUUAGUUCGUCAAAAGGCACUGGUUUUAAAGCCAAGUCACUACAGAGGCAAGUGACUUAUGAAAAGGCUGCAUCACUUCGAAAUUCAGGAUCUAAUCAAUUAGCUUUACGGGAAACUAAAAAAAGUAACGAUAUUUUCAAAGUGUGGAACGAUGAAGUACAAGUCUCAACGCCUCUGAUAAAAGAAAAUACGAAUUCGUUUUUCCAAAGCUGUGUCUUGUUGGGACCAACAUAUAUCCAAAACAAUAAUUACCAAGACACUAGAGAACGCUUGGAAGAAGUAAAAAAGGAGUUUUCCAAAAUGGUGGAUAUGACUGAGAACUUAUUAAACAAACCAAACAAAAAUAAAUGUAAAAUAAAUAUUUUAAAAGAGAAACUUGAAAAUGAAGUAGGGAAGGAAAAUACGAAACAGAAAUCCUACAAUACACGAGCUACUUUACCUACCGAUGGCAAAACUGAUGUACCCCAAACAAGUUUUAGUAAUGAUAAUGAAGAUCUCUUUACAACGCACAAUAAAGAAAACGCCGACAUUUCAAUGGUUAAGAAUACUAGUGAGUUCUAUGAUUUAUCUAACGCAGAAUGUAAGAAACAAAAUCAGUACUUGGAAUCUAAAUGCAAUGAAAAUAUUAUAUGCUUCAGUUCUAAAACCCCGGGCAAAAAAUCCUUAACUCUGUCAGACAGUGAAGGUGAAGAAGAAGUUGAUUCUUCAAGAGCGAAUGAAGAGUUGGUUAAUCAACAAAAUCUGGGGAAAACAAUGUGUAAUCCACAGACAACUUCUAAAUUGAUCAAUAAUAACAUAAAUCCUAAUAAAACAGAGUCCUUUGAUAAUAAAGCUGAUCUCGGAAGUUCUGAUAUUCUCACUGAGAAAUUAAAUCAACAUGAUUUUCAGCAUGACGAGGUAAAAAAGGAAAUAAGUCAAAAAAAUUGUUCAGACAUGAUCUUGACCAAUAAAGACGACAAAAUAUCAUCUAAGCGUGACUUAAAUAAUACAGAAUUAACAGUAACGUAUACUAAACCAGAAUCCUCUAAACCUGAGGAUGGUAAAAUUACUAAAAGGGAUGAAAAACUGAAGAAAAUAAUAGAAGGUAUAAUGAAGAUACUGAUCCCAGAAGCACUGGAAGACAAAACGCGUAGUCCAAGUCUCGUGAAUACGAACACUACGAUAAGCAACGGGGAGGCCAAUAAAAGCUUAGACAUUUACGACAAAAUAGACAGUGCUAGUGGUACAGAUUCAGAAAACUCAUUCCAACUCAAUGAAAAGACCUCUCAAGUUAUUGAUAUUAAAGACUUGACAAGUUCCGCGGAAGAAAUGGCCCGUUUGGACAAGAUCUGCAGAAUUAUUGAGAUAUCUGACGAAAUGUCUGAUAAAUUAUUCUCCGCGUUGAACUAUAAUGAUGAAAAUAUAAGAAAGAAAAAGUGGUCCUUUAAAGAUUUGUGUGAGAGGUUAAAAUUAGAUGAAUUUUGUAAUAAUGUGUUUGGAUCGCAAAACUAAAGCAUAAACAUUACUGGCAAUUAUAAAAGCGAAGUUUAUAUUAAAAAUUAUUUAAUUUCAAUUUUUAA